AUGGCUUCUCUCGACAAGGAAUUAGCUGAAGAGAUAAAAGAAUUCCACUUUCAUGUUUACUUCUUCCAAGACAACGAAACAAACAAAGCGUCGGCAUUAGCACUACGACAGAGAAUUCUUGAUCUGGUGGAAGAAGGCUUCUUCCAUCCUGUUCCUCUUGGUCGUUGGAAUUAUGCACCAAUAGGACCGCACACAAUAGGUUCAUAUGAAGUAUGGUGCCCCAAGGAGCAUUUCUCUCGAGUGUAUUCAUGGUUCUUACUUAAUCGAGGUCCACACUCGAUCCUGAUUCAUCCGUUGACCAAAGAAGAGGUCCGUGAUCAUUCCGAAAGAGCCGCAUGGAUGGGAACUCCAGUUCCACUGGAUCUCAGUAAACUGUCGGUUGAGUUGGAUGAACUGCCCCGACAAUACCCCGAUCUUGGGCUGGGAUACUCUGCGAAAUGA